AUGUUUUCAAGCAGCUUCCUCUCGCCACCCAAACCUAGCUUCCGACGGAAAGAACGCGGAUGGAGGAGGGUCAGAAGGUGCUUCGACCCUUUCCUUCACUCGCUCACUCUUACAUCACCCUGCCUACCCGCCAAGAUGGCGUCGCUCAACAAGCUGGCCAUCCGGGGUAUCCGCUCGUUCGACGACAAGCAUGUCCAAGUCAUCGAGUUCUACUCGCCAUUGACCGUGAUCGUGGGGCACAAUGGUUCCGGUAAGACCACCAUCAUCGAAUGCCUCAAGUACGCCACUACAGGGGACCUCCCUCCCAACACAAAGGGCGGAGCAUUCGUCCACGAUCCCAAAAUGGCGAAUGAGAAGGAAGUCAAGGCGCAAGUCCGACUCCGGUUCUGGAAUGUCAACCGCCAGCGCAUGACGGCGACGAGGAACUUGCAAGUCACUGUCAAGAAGGCUGGCGGUCUGACGAUGAAGACGCUGGAGGGGAUCCUGGCGAAGGCUGAGAUUGACGGAGGGGACGGCAAGAGAAACGUGAUCUCGACCAAAUGCACCGAGAUGGACGAGGAGGUACCUAUGCUUCUCGGUGUGUCGAAAGCUAUCCUCGAGAAUGUCAUCUUCUGUCACCAGGAAGAAGCGAACUGGCCGCUGUCCGAGCCGGCAGCGCUCAAGAAGAAGUUUGACGAUAUCUUUGAGGCAACCAAAUACACCAAAGCCCUCGAUAACAUCAAGCUUCUUCGAAAAGAGCGGACACAAGAGCUCAAGGUGGACAAGGAGCGGUUGCAGCAUUACAAGGCGGACAAGGACAAAGCGGAGCGGAUGAGGAAGGAGAUCGAUGAAGCGAUCCAGAAGGAGACGAGCAAGAGCAAUGAAGCCGCUGCACUCAAGGCACACUUUGAGGAGCUCAAGGACGCGAAUGUUCUCUACUACGCUGAGGCGACCGGCUUCCAGCGGACGUUUGAGCGGUACGAGAGUCUGAAGAAGCACAAGAGUAUUCUGGAGGCGAAUCGCGAGGAGCAGCUGGACGGCAUGGAAGUCAUGGACGAUUCUACGGAAGAGCUCGAGCACAAGGUCAAGAACUUUGAGGCUCAUCUGGGCAACCUCAACACCAAGCGCGAGAAGCAGGAGGCUCAGCGGAAGAAGGAGGAUGAAGGCUUGACGGAACUAAGAAGGAGGGAGCGGAACUUGGCCAGCACCCAGGGUGGUCUCACCGCCAACCGCAAGGCGUACGAGCGUAACCUGCGCGAACGAGAGGCAGCUGUACGAGAAGUCGCCAAGACGCACAACUUUGGGGGCUACGACUACUCGCCCUUGCCGGAUAGCAAGAUUGCCGAGUUUGUUGACAAGGUGCACGAGCUUGUGCGGGGUGCCGAGUCGGACCUGAAGAAGCUGCAGGCGGAUGGAUCGCGGAAGGAGCGGGACAUGCAGUCCGAGCUGGAUCGACUGGCGGGGAUAAAGAGCGGUGCUACUGCCACCAAGAGGAGCAAGCAGGAUCAGGUCAGCAAAUUGAACGAAAAGAUCAGAACGGCCGAAUCACAAUUCGACUCGGUCUCCUCGUUCGAGGCCGAGAUCCAGCUGCUCGAAAGCAAGCUCGUCGAGAAUGCCCAAUCGCAGGCGAGACUCGAAGCGGACAUCCGGGAUGCCAAGUACGAUGAUCAAAUCCGGGACAAGAUUGCGUCCAUCAGGCAGAAGGAGGGGGAGAAGGAUAAGAUCCAGGGGGAGCUGAGCAUAUUGAACCGCCAGGCGGAUUCGAGGGCGCAAUUGACCAUCAAGCGGAAUGAGAUGCAGGGAAGGCAGCGCCAGAUCAUGUCUUCGAAAGUCAGUCACGCUUCGAGGUUCAAGGAGCUGGUAGGGGCAGAUCUCGUCCCUGAGACGAUGGAGGAUAUGAUAACCGCUGCUGCUGGGAAAAAGGAACGGGAGCUGGGUGACACCGAGGCUGUCGCUUCCGCCAGCAAUCGAACCCUGUCCCAGCUACAAACUUCGUUGAACUACUCGAAGCAGUCUUUGGCGAGCAAGAAGGCCGAGCUCAAGCGACUCGAGAAUGCAAUCUCCGAGGCACUGGCCGAUGUCGACACAAACACUGUCGAAGAAACGCUCGAGGAUUGUGCCUCGACGCUAGAGGAGAACCAGACGGUCAUUCGCGGGAUCAGCGUCCUGAGAACAUGGUGGGAACGCACGUUACAGGUCGCCAGGGUUGAGCACAAGUGUAGAGGGUGCGCCCGGGCCGUCCCAUCCAGCGAGGCCCAAAUGGUCGAGGCGCAUAUGCAAGACCGCAUAGUCGAAGUCCGAUCCGACAAGUACCGUCAGGAGACCUUACAACUUAUUGCCGAUUGGCAGGAGCGGCUGGACAAAUUCCGAAAAUUGCAGCCUACCGAGGCGACCAUCGCCGAGCUCAGACGCAGCACCAUUCCCGAUUUGGAGAGGAAAGUCUCUGUCGAUAGCAAGGAGCUGGACCGGGUGACAGAGGAGGUGGAGGAGGUCAAGUCAAAGGUCGCCAAAGCCAAGGUCGCCGCAAGAGAUUUGCAGACCCUCAAGUCGGAGGCGGCCAUGGUCUCUCGGACGCUCGGCGAGAUCAAGGAUCUGCAAAGCGAUAUCAAGCGGCUGGAGCGGGAUCUCGAGUCGAGCGGGACGUUGAAGACGGUCGAGGAAGUCCAGCGGGAAGUGGAUCAGCUCAGUAAUGAGAUCAAAAACAUUCAGCGCGAGCAGGCCAACCUGUCGGGCGAGAAGGAUCUCAAGAACAACAAUCUCCGAAAGCACCAGGACGAUCACACCAAGAGCACAUUGCGACUGGGUCAGCUCAAGAGUCGGCAAGAACGGCGUCAGCGGGAAGAAGCGGCUUUGAAGGAGUUGCAGGAGAACCUGGUCGCUCUGCAGGCGGAGCUCAAGGAUCUCGACGUUGCAGUGCAGGCUGCCGAGGCGCCAUGGCGAGAGAAGAAUGAUGCGUUGAUUCGACACCGAACCGAACGUGCGAACGCGGAGAGUGAGGCUAGUCUGCAGGUUGGAAUCUACCAGAGCAGCUUGGGCGAUAUCGAGGGGAAGCACCGGGCAUGUCAGGCAUACGUCGCCGAGGGGAACGAUCGCAAGAUUCGAGAGAAUGAAUCUCAGAUCGAGGACCUCAAGCGCGAAAUGACGGCUGCAACCGAAGCUCGCGCCGCCGUCGAGACCAAUCUACAGGCCACACUAGCCGAGCUUGCCAAGUCGGAAUCGCUCCGAUCAAAUAUCAUCCAAAAUAUCCGGUACCGGAAGGGCGAGAAGGAGAUUGCCAAGGUGCAAGAGCAGGUGGAUGAGAUUGAUAUCGAGUCGGCUGCGAAAGCCCGGAAAGAAUUCAACACUCGGUACUCGAAGAACCUGCAGGAGGAGACCCAUCAGCAGAACGCGUGGCAAUUAGCGAGCGGGCAGGUCAUGCAGAUGAAGGAGAACCGGAAGAAGCUCGAGUCGUAUUUGAAGAAUGACUAUUCUAACACGGACAAGCUGUUCAAGGAGCAGCUCAUCAAGACCAAGAUCAGCGAAUUCGCCAAUAACGAUCUGGAAAAGUACGGGAAGGCUCUUGACAACGCUAUCCUCAAAUACCACUCGAUCAAGAUGGAUGAGAUCAAUGAUACGAUCGGACAUCUCUGGAACAAGACGUACCAGGGGACAGACAUCGACGGUAUCCGCAUCGUGUCUGACUCCGACGAAGUCGCUUCCACCACCACACGCAAAUCCUACAAUUACCGAGUAGUCAUGGUCAAGAAUGAUGUCGAGCUGGAUAUGCGAGGACGGUGCUCGGCGGGCCAAAAGGUGUUGGCGAGUAUUAUCAUCCGGCUGGCUUUGGCGGAGAGCUUUGGUCAGGGGUGUGGUGUGUUGGCGCUGGACGAGCCGACAACCAAUUUGGACCAGGAAAAUAUCAACGCACUGGCGGAAGCUCUUGCUGAGAUCAUCCGUGAACGACGCCGGCAGAACAACUUCCAGCUCAUCGUCAUUACGCACGACGAGGGGUUCCUGCAGCGACUAGCGGGGCAUGAUGUUCUGGAAUACUACUGGCGGGUAUCAAGAGAUGCGUCCCAGAAGAGUGUGCUGGAGAGGCAGCGGAUAGGGCUGUAG